AUGUCCGAUCAUGGCCCUGUUCUGCUGUCCGGUGCAGCAGCCCCGAGCAGACUGGCCACAGCAGGUUAUUGGACGAUAGCAUUAGGCCACCUCUGGGUCUUACGCAUCCACGCGCUCGCCACCGGCGCGGAGGCGAUGUUGUUUGCAACCCUGGCUUUGGUCGAGGUUGCUUUGGCUUUGGAGGCCGCGGUUUAUGCCAUAGGCAGCCUGGGAACCAGAGUUGGGCUUCCCUUGUUGACACUUCUUGGUCGGAUACGUCUGCUGGGAGCUGCAAUGGCUUGGCCGUGGCUGCUCCCGUGGGUCUCCGAGCUCAGCUGCCGUUGCCGAGUCGUCUCUCCAGGGAAUGGCGUCUUUCUGGUACAUGUUACGACCGCGCUAGCCGGCUUGAUGACGGUCUUCUAUUUCUGGGGCGAGGUGCAGCUUUUGGUCUUUGCAUCUCCCGCCUCGAAGGCGAGUGACUCGAUGGGAUGCCUGCCAAGUCCAGUCCUCGGAGGCCAGUUCCGCUUGGACAAAGCGGACCUCGAGGAGACCGGCAGGGCCGUCUUCGUCCCUGCCCAGGGUCAGGCAAGGCGAGGCCUCUACGCAGGAGCUGGGCUGGCCUUGCUUGGGCACCUUGGCUUCGGCCUAACCUUUGCGGCGAAUACCGGUUUCCCGCCCUGGCUUCUGCUGGGUGCUCUUCUCGUGAUGCUCGGCCGUUCAUUUGGACAGCUCCCAGCCACGUUGAAGGGCCAGGAGAAGGGUGCUCUGAGCGACUGGCGAAUCCUUUGGCGACGUGAGGCUCCCCGUUUGGUGGUUCGCCUGUGCGAGUUGAUUUGGAUUUGGUGCUGUAUGUUGGAGCUGCAGAGGUGCGAAGUCUCUGGUGACUGGCUUCCGGUCUGUGUGGCAUAA